GGUCACAGCAGGUAAGUUUAAAAUCCAUUACAGAUCUCCUCCUCUUGGCUCCAGUCUGAUGCUUUACCUGCCAGGUUGUUCCGAAAGCCUUCAGGAACAAAUGUUCUUUGGACUAUUAGGAGAAAUAAAAUGUUGCCAGUUCAAUAGUAUAGUUUGAUAGCCAGGCACUGUGCAGUAAUUAUCCUUCCCUGGUGGCUGCUUGUUUAUACCAAGGUCAUGUAGCAUCCUGCUAUUCCCAGGAACAGUGUGAAAUAAGUGUUAGGGCCAUCCAUGCCUCACUUUCUAGCUCUUUAAUCAAGAACGCACACAAAUACAUCAUGAGCUUUCGUGUUCCAGCAGUUUAUUCCACCCCAGCGGAAUAUUAAAAUAUAGCUUUGCUUUUUUUAAGUUCAGUUUAAGACUUUUUGCAAAAGAAGAGACCUCGAUCAGCAUGACGUGGAUCAGACCUGCGAUUCAUGCAGUUAACAGGCUGAGGAGGAAACCUUGAUGCUGUUCCUCAGUCAAAACAUCCUGUAUUUCUGCAGACCUUCAGCACAGCAUUGAAAAGCCUCUCAGACCCGCAGGGUAAGAUUGCAAAUGGGAGGGAGGAAAGCAAAAUGGAUGGAAGCCUUAAUAAAAGAACAGGUAUGUGCCUGCAGUUGUGCAGUGCUAUGAAAGAGAAUGCUGUGGUGUCUCCAGUAGUAAUAUUUUAUGUUAGCAUACUGUAGUUCUUAAAGGAUCUUGUUAGGAAUUGAGGCUAUUAAAUGGGUUGUAAAACUGAAACAAAAGCUCCUGUGAAGUAGAAUCUGUCAGGCUGGGAAAAUGCCAGGUCUGUGCAAGGAGAACAAGAUCAAAGCACUUUUUAAUCAGACUCAUCUAAUGGCUGGAGAGGUGCUAUGGCCUCAUAAAAGGUUGCAGCCACGCUAAUUCUAGUCUGUCCUUUGGAGAUGAAACAGUUCCUCCUGUUGAGAACAGGUGGUCAGGCUGCAGCACGUUGGUACUUGUAAAACUCCUCCUAGCUCCAGGCUGUAAUUAGCCACUCCAUCCAGUUUGUUUAUCAGUAAAAGGAGACUUACUUUGUCUGGAACAGGCACAUCACGUGCCUCCACUUUCUCAUAGUUCAUAAGUUUCCCUUUGUUAAAUGUACACUCUCUGUUCUUGCUCUCUAGAGUAAGGAAGAGCCGUAAGGAAAGAGCGUGUAAAAUUCUCCCCAGAUUGUUCCCUCUCUGGCAAAGCAGGAGGUGAAAACCUUCCCUUUAAAACAUGCAGAAGUUUUGAUGCUUGCAAGAAUAUCAAUUUUCUGUAACGGUUUUCCUGAAAUUUAACUGUUGGGAAUGACCUGGCUGUAUAAAUUCACACCAAAACAAGCGUUUCCAAUUACUGCACACCGGGAAAUCUGGCUUUGUUUGUGGUCUAGAUAAGUUGCUUUAAAUUGAAGUUCUUUAAUCUUGCAAUGAGGUGUUCUGGGAAAGGAGGCCUUAUGUGCCUAAGCCAGACUGUGCUGAAAAUGCUCUGCAGAGAACAAUUUUACUCUGGCACAGGUAUGGUGACUCAGUUCCUUUCCUCUGUGGUCUGAUUUUUUUAGUCUUCCACCUGUUCUGAAACAAGUUUCAUUAAUAAGUGUAAAACCUACCCUUGUUGCGAGAACAAACCUGUCUCCAAAGCCCCACUGCUGCUCUGCCUGCAUUGUCCCUGCCAGACGUGACCCUAAAUGUAGGUGACCCUAGAUGUAAAGAGAUGUAGCUUGCCCUUGUACCUCAGAAAGGGCCCAGAAGCUGCUUUAAGCAUAUAUAAAACUGUCUGAUUCUUUUCCUUUGAGUUCUAACCCCUGGAAAUGCAGACACAUUGCCAUCCCACUCAGUCCUGGUGCCGUAUGGAGGUAAAAGAGUGUUCAGCACUUGCGUCCUGUUCUGUUCAUGCAAUGUCAAGUGAGUGACUGUGGCUGUUUUCUUGCGGUUCAGAUUGCAAAUCAGCAUUUUCCUGGGCUGAAAUGGGCACGUUAGGAGAUGAACACAGCACCGUUUGGUACCGGUCACGUUCAGGUUCAUCAGCAGCAGUCUGAACUUGAUUUUUGUGGGAUUUCUUUUCAGACACGAUGCAUAUUUUGAUAGCUGAUGUUUUUCAUUUCUAAAAUACCACUGAGAAGAUCUGUCAUCUGUACCAUGGGGAAAGCAGCAGAUGGACAAAUGGCUUAUUAACACCGAAAUACCAGCGUCAUCUGGAUGGCUUAACAUGCAGUACAAGGUGCAAUUAGGACACACAUUUGUGCUGCUUGAAGCCAGAGUUCAAUUUUCAAGGCUUGCUUGUGCUGACGGCGCUUGCUCCCCGCUCAGCUUGCGGUGCUCAGCCUGAAGGUCAGCAUCUCCUUCUCUCUGCUGCCUGUUGCAGAAGUGCUCCAGAUAAAGAUCCUCCUGUCUGGUGCAGGCAAACUGGAAAGGACUGGGCAGUGGCCCCUGUGGGCAAGUGGAAUGUGAUCUUCAGUUGUUGCCCAACACCACCAGGGGUUCUUGCACUGGUGCAGGGUAAGACAGAAAAGCCUUGAACCAGCUGAUGGCAGCUGGGGCUUUGGCUUCAAAGUCUCAAUAGAAAAGAUUAUUGAUAACCCUCAAGAUCAAUGUCUUGUUGGGGGGGGGGGGAAGCAGUUCGCCAAAAUAUUCCAAGAAAGAAGGUGAGUCUCAUCUUUCUUUGAGGCUGAAAGGAGAUGGCACUAAUUUCUUGCAGAAAAGAUUGUAUCUCAAGUCAGGCAUAGGGAUAGAAAAUAAAUAGGUAUUAAAUUACAUUUGGCUGUUGCAAAGUAAUCUAAUAAAGCAUCUGCUGAAUCAAUAGCCAAAUCAUUAUCCAAGGCACACAGCAAGCAUCCUUUUUUUCUUCUUAAAUUCGAAGCACAAGGAAGAAGGUUUUUGCAUUACCAUAUUAAAAAGAAGCAUAGUACUUUACGUCUGCCUAGGAAAAAAAGCGAAAAGAGCCCUGCUUUAUGCAAGUGUCAUUUUUCUCGUUUGAAACAUGUAUUUUAGGAAUAUUGUGAAAUAAAGAGUUUGCAUUUCAUGACUGGUGGAUCUGUCAGCUUUGCUGAGCUGCUUGACAGAAAGCAGUCUGCAAAAGAAGGCUGCGUGCAGGGAGAGGGGGAAGGCAAGACGAGGCUUUCAGCAGUUUUAUUCACCUAAUUAAGGCUCAUUGGGGGGAAGAAAAAACCAACAAGCUGAUGGAGCAGUUACCUGCUGAAAAUGCAGUUUCAUUGAAUAGAAUGAGAUCUGCUGUGUUGGCUGCUCACAGCUGCAACUUGCAUGGCAGAGACUGCAGCUGCUGUUGCAAACAGAGCAGAGCAUCCCUGGAAUCACGUUCUCUGUAAUAUAUUCAUUAAUGCAGUGUGAUGGAAUAGGGAGUAGAGUUAUAAUGUAUUUCCAGGACACCAAGCUGGGAAGAGAUACAAGCGGUACAAAGAGUUGAAUUACAAUUUAAAAUGAUCUUGAGGAAUGGGCUAAAUGAUCUAAAACGGAUAGCGUGAAACUCCCCAAAAGAGAAGUGCAAAACUGAACUAAAAGUGAAAUGAAGUGCACAAAACAGCUAAAAACCUCUGCACAGCUCUGAGGAAACGAGGAGAAUUUGGGUAAACCCCCAGACACGGAGCUGGCCAGUGCUUUAGUUUUGAAAUGAAGUCGCCACGCUACAGCACAGCAAUCCAAGCGUCUUGUGGUGGAUGCAGGCAAGAGAGAUUUGUUGUGGUCUUCUUUGGAAGAGCUCUACUUGCAGGGCAUGGGUUCUUUGCUCCUCGCUUUGCAGAUGGGGCAGUUCCAGAGGGCAUCAGCUGUGCUGCGUGCUGCAGCAGGAAGGCUAGGACCCUGCCAGCGCCCUGUGUCUGCUUUACAGGCAGGGAGUUCCUGAUUUCUUGUUCCUUUUCUUAGCUUUCCAAACACCUUCCCAGUUUACUGAUUGACUUUGUGUUUGCUUUGCAACUGCAGUACUUGGUGUUGGUUUCAGAGGGCUGGAUUUCUAUUUUCUGGCUGCUCUGGUGGGACCAUUAAUAGGAGGAACAGGAAUGCUGCAGGCAUGUCUUAGCACUUCAGAAGCACUGAUACAAAGACAUCUGUGCAAUGCCUAACUUGUUGGCAAGCCCGAGUAUACAAUAUACACGCUGUUGAUUGAAAUAAGUUACUCACUGAAUGUGGUACUGGCUGUUCUGUAAUGAGAUGAGCGAGCUCAGGGAGGUGGGUGGCUGCAGACCUCAGUGAACACCUGCAUUUGGGUCAUUUUUUUUGCACCCUCCCACCUUGGCGGGGUUUGCUGUGUUGGUAAGACAAGGCGAUGCCAAGCACAGUGCGUACAUAGAGGCACUCCUUGCUAAGCCAGGGGUGCGUGCUGUGUGUAAUUAGGGCAGCUGCUCCCAAGCUUGUUGCCCCCACAGAGCUCUGCCCCGGGCGCUUUGCAGGGAGCUGACGGUGUUCUUUCCUAGCACUUGGGUCGCCCAAUUCCACCAUGCGUGGGCAAGAAGGAGGAAGCAAAGCCAGAUCUGGUGAGGAGUGCUUGCAAAGAACGCAGUGCCUGGCAUGGGUGGAGAUGGGAGCUGGGCCUCGAGCUACCGACGCCGGUGAGAAGAUGGAUCUGAUCUUUUCAGUACCUGGGUGAUGUUAUGUGUGAGCCACCAGCUCCCAGGGAAACGAGCUCCCACGUGGGUCAGCGGUUUGGAGGCGGUGCUGCUCCCCGUGCAGCCACGUGAUUUAAUGAACGCAUUGCUCAGCAAUGUCUGGAGCCAGGAGGAUUGCAGAAGUUCAGCCCUCACAAAGCAGAGCGGGGUUUUCUCCAGGAAGUGUGCACAGAUGUUGCAAUGAAGCAUGGUGGGGUUUGUUAUUCUUUUUUUAACUGUUCACUGGCGGUUGCUCUGAUAUUUGAUUGACUCAGUUCCCCGCCUCUGGGGUCCCUCCAGCUUUGCUGUGAGCCCCAGGGAGGUGAACCCCAGCCUUCUCCCUCAUGCUGUCUCCCAAGCCUAUCUCUUUUGGCCUAGAAACCAGUGCUUUGGGAGGAUCUGUCUGGCUGUGAAUCCCAUCCUGCUUCCUUUCUCUGCAGCGCGGUAACCAACAGGAAACUCCCUCUGCCCUCCGUAUCAGAGCAGCCUCCUGUUGAGAGCUGGGCUGCAGUUCCCAGCCCGGUAUUCACCGCGACUCAUUUGGUGCAACUUCGGGAUGUGUGCUCACUGAACCCUGGCUGAUGGAGAAGGAAGAGCAGAGCCUCCUGACCGUGCCCCUGCUCCAUCCAAAGCCCCACUUCAGUGCAGCUGUGGACCCCUGCCCUCCGAAAGGCAACCCCAGCUCCUGCAGCGGUGUCUGUCCCCGAUGGGGAAGCAGGGCCCAGCGGUGAGCGGCGUGGGGCAGUGAGGAGGAGGAAGGAGCCGAGUCUGUGCCCCGGGAGCACAGCUGGAUGAGGGCUAGAAAAUGCUGCCUUGCUCAUGGAAGGCAGAAUCUCAAGGAAGUCGCCAGUGGGAGUCUGAGUGAGGAUUUCACAGCCUGGUCCCCAGCGAGGAGAGCGAGCUGCCUGCUGCCUGGGCACUGUGAGAUAAGGGAGAUCCAGGGAGCGCCAAAUCGCUGACACUACGGCACAGAGUUCUUAAGGAGCGGUGCCUUCAGCAUGGCCUACAAAAGCCAAGCUGGUGGGAUGGAGAAAAACAGCUCGCUUUCCUCCAUCCUCUAUUGUAAGAGUGAUUUAAAGGAAGGAUCCCUGCAGUGGGUGAAAGAACCCCGCAAUGGCCAGGUGCUCAUGGUGCUCAGCGUGGACAACACCUGCUCGGCUGCCUCCUUCGACAUGGAGCUUUGUGCAGAGAAACUCCAGUCCCUGGGGGUUCAGGCGGCAGCGGGCGAGUGGAGGAGGCUGAUCGAGGAGGCGGUCCUGAAGCCCGAAGUGAGGCGGUACCUGUUCUACAACUCCAGGGCGUUCCAGAUAGCCAUUGCUGUGAUUUUCUACAUGUCUCUCUGGACAAACAUUUACACCACGGUCCAGCUCUGCUCCUUUGGGCGCUACUGGGAGGCCAGCGUGCUGGUGACUCUGGCUGCGGUGGCUGUCACUGUGGUUGUGGUCCUGGUCAUCGACCACCGCCAGAGGAAGAUAAAUAUGAAUACAGAUGUGCGGCUGGCAGCUGUCAAUGAAUUCUUUAUCAAACACAGCUUAAUUCUGGGGAUUACCGAUGCCCUGGAUGGGCCUCACGGCAUCCUACAACUGUGGUUUGUGCACUUCAGCCCUGAGCGCUGCCUUCAGUCCUUGUCAGCCCGCAUCGCGGAGCUGCGGCAGGAGCGAGAGCUGGGCUGGCGGCACAGGCUGGACCAGCUCUGUGUGGUGAUGGAGGUGGCUGUUCCUGCAGCAGAGGAGACUUCGUGUGAGGAAUCCCCUCUCCUAUCUGGUGGGGAGAGCUUCAAAAAAGAGUCCGUGAUGUGCAAUGAGCUGCUCCACCUCAUCCCUGAGGGCCCCCCAGAGGUGAUGGCCCAGCAGCUCCUGGUGAUCUUCAGUGCCUGCUACGUGCGGCUGCUGGUCAGUGGCUGGCUGCCCCGUCCCACAGCCAUGGGGCACAUGGAGGGCAGCAGCGUGCCCUGCCCCUGCCAGUUCAUCCAGGCCUCUAUGCUCAGCACAGAGCGCUGCUGGCUGCCGGGCAUUGGGCUGCGGGGGGCUGCGGGGAGCAGAAGGGCAAGCACAGCAGCAUGAAGAGGCAGAGGAGAGGGCUGUCACUGCUCAUCCUGGACUCCUCUGGAAGAAGGAUUGGAAAUAGGACUCUAAUAAAGCAUGCAAACUUGC